UGGUGUAGGUGGACUACCCAGCACACAGACAGAAAACAAAUCUAUAUUGGGACAGCCCCAGCUGUCAGCGGCAGCAACCUGAACAGGUGGCUCCCUUGGUGUCUCAGCAGAGCGCGUGAAGGCGCAGGGACCCUCAACAGCUUGCCUCGCUCUCUAAUCUCCUCUCUGACGACAGCGCAUUUACCCGGUGCGCGUAAAACCAGGAGUACGGCCGGGUUUGGUUGUAGGGGAUCUCAUCAGUCAUCAGGAUUUUACUCAUCGGUGUUGUUUCAACGUUGGUCACGAAGUUGGGACUUGAGGAAAGUCUGCCUUUGCUUUCAGACUGGACUGACAGAGUUGGAAAUAAUGACUCUUUGUUGGAUUUUAUAAUUUCUCUUGUGCGUUUGGAUUGACAAGACUGACACUGAAAACUCAGCAUGUUGCCAGAAAUAAAUAACAAGACGGCACGACCGGAGGCUUUCCCCCACCCUCACAGACUCCCAGCAGAAGGCAGUCGUAUUGGAACAAAUCGACCCUGUUCACAGAAGUUUGGUUCUGGUGUGGGUUCGCUGCCUCAGCUUGAGCCACCGGUGGUCCAGGUGGUGGUCAGUAAUGCCAAAAACCAGCACCAGCAGUCAGACAACAUCCUGCCCCAAAUUGUCAACAAAAGGGGUCAAAAUAACUUUCAAACACACUCGGAAGAGAGGCCAAAGCCCACUCAGCCAUUCACCAUGCGGUUUGGAGCAGCAAUGGAUAAAGUAUCAGUCUCUCGCAACAGCAAGAUUUUCAGCAACAAAAUUGAGAAGGAGAGAACGUAUGAGGGACAAAGGUUACCCAUGUCACCUACAGAGGCGUUGAACAACUUCCAGGAGCGGCUGACAGAGUUUGAGCGGGAGGAAGUCAAUGACUAUGCAGAGAUCUGGUUCCUGGGUCUAGGCUCCCAGAAAAUUGAGGGUUGCCAGGGAGCACAGCAGAACUCUGGAUAUGACGAUGAGCAUGGAAGCUACAUCAGGGUACUGCACGACCACAUUGCUUACAGGUUUGAAGUUCUUGAAGUGAUCGGGAAAGGUUCUUUUGGGCAGGUCCUAAAAUGUCUGGACCACAAGAACAACGAACUUGUUGCUAUUAAGAUGAUCCGCAAUAAGAAAAGGUUUCAUCACCAAGCUUUGGUUGAGCUGAAGAUCCUGGAUGUAAUAAAGAGGAAAGACAAAGACAAUCUUCACAAUGUCAUCCACAUGAAGGAGUACUUUUACUUCCGAAAUCACCUUUGCAUCUCCUUCGAGCUUCUGGGGGUGAACUUGUAUGAGCUCAUCAAGAAAAACAACUUCCAGGGUUUCAGUCUUGCUCUUAUCCGUCGGUUCGCCCAUGCGCUUCUCAGGUGUCUGCAGAUGCUGCACAGGGAGAAGAUCAUCCACUGUGACCUCAAACCGGAGAACAUCCUUCUGUCUCAAAGAGGGCCGGGGAACAUCAAGGUGGUCGACUUUGGAUCAAGUUGCUAUGAACAACAAAGAGUGUACACUUACAUCCAGAGUCGCUUCUACCGCUCUCCAGAGGUCAUCCUGGGCCACCCUUACAGCAUGGCCAUUGACAUGUGGAGCCUGGGCUGCAUCCUUGCUGAGCUCUACACCGGCUAUCCUCUCUUUCCAGGAGAAAGUGAAGUGGAGCAGAUAGCUUGCAUAAUGGAGGUUCUUGGCAUGCCUCCAAAUGAUUUUGUUCAGUCAGCAUCAAGAAAGAAGUUGUUCUUCGACUCUAAAGGAAACCCAAGGAACAUCACGAACAGCAAGGGGAAGAAGCGGAGACCCAGCUCUAAGGAGCUGUCGGCUGCUCUCAAAACAAAUGACCCCUUGUUUUUAGAUUUUAUUAAAUGCUGCCUCAGUUGGGAUCCAACUAAGCGCAUGACUCCGGAUGAGGGGUUACAGCACCAGUGGAUCCUUGAAGGAAAUUUCAAUAAAGUACGAUCCAGAACCAAGCCUACAGUCAAGAAGACCACAGACAGUUCAACCAGCACAGACAGACAAGCCAGCAAGUCUGCAGAAAAAGCCAGCUCUGAAUGCAGCAGUGAUGACAAGCUGAGCAGGGACGGUACAACAAGCGGAACAAAGAUGGCGUCUACCGAGCGCCUGCGACCCAUCGGGGCCUCAGCAGAGGAGGAGGUGUGUGAGAGUGGGGGCAAGUUCUCCACAGAUAACCAGGAGCAUGGAAGCAGUGGAGAGAGGCCGAUUCACAUCAUCAUCAGGCCUCAAGAUGAAGUGGAAUCAGAAAGGGAUGAUAGCGAGGAAUCGCCUCAGUCUUAGCAUCCUUGUUGUCUGUACAUGGAAUCAUGCUGCAUUCAUGGCAAAUGGGAACUAAGAGCGUUCAAAAUGAGAAAGUUGUAUUUGUUUGACUCUGAAAGAAAAUUAAAAGAUUCUCUUUGUUAUAUAUUGUCAAAACAGAUAAGUCGACAGUUCCCACAUGCUGUGAACAAAACUCUGAUGUGAUCACCAACAAAGAUGGACGUCUUCUAUUCAUUCUUUUAAGUACAGUCACAGUGUAUUAUUUUUGUUCUGUGAAACAUAGAUUUUUUUAAACAGUGAAGUCAGGUAUCUGCUGUAUUUUUUAUAGAAAUAAAGACUUUGCAGAAAUUUUGUCUCAAAGCAUCACAUCUAAGACAUCAAACUGUCUGCAAAUAAAAAUCCAUGUGUUUAUAUUUACAGCACGUCGAGACUUGCUGUCACUGUCUCCUUAUCAUUUAUUGAAUCCAGUCUUUGCUGUGCAUUGAAAAUCACAUUAAGAGAUUAGAUUUUAACUUCUCAGUUUGUAUAAUAAUAAUAAAAAACCUGCGGAUUUUAAAGUGCAUGGUUCGAAAAAUUACCACAACUGUUGUUGCGCUUUCUUCUUGUAGACAUUUUAGCCUCAGCUUGCUUUGAAAAUGGUAAAGAUUUGCAGGAUUGAGUGCAAUAAAGGCUGAGCCAAAUGUUUUUAAUGACAACAGCAAAUAGUUGUCACAGUUUUUAAUUGUAAAAUGAAGUUGAUGACAUACAGUACUGAUUGUUAAUUACUUCCUCUAUUGUGAAAUAUCUCUGAGCCUGUGUUUCAUAUUUGUUUUAAAAAGUUAACUAAACAACCAUAAAAUGUGUAUUUAUAUUAGAAUUUAUUGUAUAUAUUUCUGCUGUAAUUUCUUAUACGUGUACCACAGAACAUAUUUUAAAAUUUCUUGAGGAAAUAGACAAGGUUUUACUUGUUGUGCUGUUACUGUAUGGAGAUAUUUUGUAUGUCCGUGUUGUUCCCUUUUUAUAUUAGAAACCAAAAGACAAUCCUAAUAUUGAUAGUUUGUGCCUUGCAGUAUUAGAAAUCUUGCACUUUAUUGUUGUGUGUGUGUGUAAACCUGAAAUAGGAACUGCUGCAUACUUAGCUGAUGUGAUUUGGACUACCCUGCCAGGAUCAGUUUUGUUUGACAAAAUGAUCACAAGAUAUUAUAUUGCCUAAAGAAACUAUUAGCUGACUUUUUAUAACCAAUCUUUGUAAAGAUUCAAUUUAAAAUAAAAGAAAAAUAGAGAAAAUAGAAUGCCCUCAGCUAAAUAACCAGAAACUCCAAGAUGGAUUGUAGGUAUUAUACAGAAAAUCAAGAAAAAGAACUUUUAUGUCUUUUAA